AUGUCGGCCAUGGCCUUGCUACAUAAACCCUUAAAUGGAAACGCGAUCGCCCCCCUGAACCUGGGCCUUGCAUUAGUUGCAGUGGUGGCAUCGGCCCGCCCCAUAUGGACUCUGCUGUAUGGAUACGCUGAGAAACUCUGCUUGACGACCGUCUACAUCAGUAGCGAGGACACGCUCUAUGAUGAUGUGCUCCUCUGGAUGAACCACCACGUUUUCCAGCAUCAGAAUUUCCGAUCAGUCAUUGCAGCCACGUCGAAUCAGGCUGAAAGCAUUACGAACCCUUCUACUGCCGCCAGUUCGAAUAGCAACCUGAAAUUGUCUGGCACCCAAUUCGUCGACCCCAGCCAGUCCAUCCAACUGAAGCCCUUCCAAGGCUCGCGAUUAUUCGUAUACAACCGCAAAUGGAUCAACUUCACGCAUUCCGCGCCCAGGACCGGGCGCACGCCCCAUACAAUGCCGGAUGACGACCCAUUGCCACUGAAGCUCCAAUGUUUCAGUCUGUCCCUCUCCACCCUGCACGCCUUCCUGUCCGAGGCCACUCUGUACAGUCGUAAAGUGUCCCUGUCCAACGUGACCGUGUACCGCGCUCUCGCCAACUCGCGCGACCUGGUCCGCUGGACCCGCGUCACCUCUCGGCCGCGACGCAAUCUCGCGACGGUCAUUCUAGACGAGCACAAGAAGCAGACCAUCCUCGGCGAUAUUCGCGAGUAUCUGCAUCCCCGCAUGAAGCAGUGGUAUUCCAACCAUGGCAUACCCUAUCGUCGUGGAUAUCUAUUCUCGGGGCCCCCGGGGACCGGCAAGACCAGUCUCGCAUCGGCCAUCGCCGGGGCCUUCGGACUGGACAUAUACGUCCUCAGUCUGGGGGAUUCGACCAUGACCGAGUCCCAGUUCCUGCGGUUGUUUGCUGAGGUGCCAUCGCAGUGCGUCGUCUUGUUGGAGGAUAUUGAUGUCGCGGGAGUGACGGUGGCGAGAACCCAUCUCCCCGUAGGAACGUCCCAACCUGCGACAGGCACCAGUGGCCCUCCCUCAGCGGGCUCGUCGGUGAUUUCUCUUUCAGUACUGCUGAACGCGAUUGACGGAGUCUCGUCGCACGAGGGACGGAUCUUGAUCAUGACAACCAAUGCGCCACACGUGUUGGACCGCGCCCUAGUUCGGCCUGGUAGGGUGGAUUUGCAUAUCCAGUUUGAGUUGCCAUCACGAGAAGAGCUCCACGGGUUGUUUUUGAGCAUGUUCAGCGAUAUGAUUGGGGAGAAGAUGGAUGCGUCGGAUGAAAAAGGGGAUCCGGUGGCCUUGGAGGACCUCGCAGCUCAGUUUGCGGCAAAAUUCCCCGAACGACGCCUCAGUUUGGCGGAGGCUCAGGGGUUUCUUUUAAAGUACAAGAAGCAACCAGCAGAAGCAUGUGCAGAGGUGUCAGGCUGGAUAAUUAAAAUGACUCAAGAAGAAGACGAGAGGACUGUAUUGUGA